CGCAGGGACCAUCCCCCAGCCCCGGCUUCGACCCCCGGAGGGGGCUCCCCGCCGGCCGGGUCAAGAGUGACAUCCUUCAGUAAAUGACGAGCUAAGUCCUGAGCGAUGCCUUCCCCAUAGCCUCCCGGGGCUCCUCACUGGGGAGGAGCUCUCCGAGGGCCACUCCACCUCUCCCCAUGGACAAAGGACACAGGUGGUCCUGCUUUUUCUGGGAACUUCUCCACAGCGUGAGAAUGAAGAGCAAAUAUGCCAUUCUCUUUGUUGUGGUAGUAGCGUUUGUCAUCAUUGAGAAGGAAAACAACAUCAUAUCAAGAGUCUCAGACAAGCUGAAGCAGGUCCCCCAGCCCCUGGCAGAUGCUAACGGCACCGACCCGGCCGUGGCCCUCCCAGAGAACGGAUCCCUCCUGUCCCUCAGCGAGCUGGACUCUGCCUUCUCCCAGUUUCAGCAGCAGCUCCGCAACAUGAGCCUCCAGCUGGGCGGCGAGGCGGGGGGUCCGCCCCCGGGGCCCCGGCGCCACGUGCUCCUCAUGGCCACCACGCGGACAGGCUCCUCCUUCGUGGGCGAGUUCUUCAACCAGCAGGGCAACAUCUUCUACCUCUUCGAGCCGCUGUGGCACAUCGAGCGCACGGUGACCUUUGAGCCCGGGGGCGCCAACGCGGCCGGCUCGGCCCUGGUCUACCGGGAUGUCGUGAAGCAACUGUUCCUCUGCGACCUCUCCGUGCUGGAGCCCUUCAUCACCCCGCCGCCCGAGGACCACCUGACCCAGUUCCUGUUCCGCCGGGGGUCCAGCCGCUCCCUCUGCGAGGACCCCGUCUGCACGCCCUUUGUCAAGAAGGUCUUCGAGAAGUACCACUGCAGGGACCGCCGCUGCGGCCCCCUGAACCUGACCCUGGCGGCUGAGGCCUGCCGCCGCAAGGAGCACAUGGCGCUCAAGGCCGUGCGCGUCCGGCAGCUGGACUUCCUGCGGCCCCUCGUGGAGGACCCCCGCCUGGACCUGCGCAUCAUCCAGCUGGUGCGGGACCCCCGGGCCGUGCUCGCCUCGCGCAUGGUGGCCUUCGCGGGCAAGUACGAGACCUGGAAGAGGUGGGCUGCGGAGGGGGAGGCCCGCCUGCGGGACGACGAGGUGCAGCGGCUGCGGGGCAACUGCGAGACCAUCCGGCUGUCGGCCGAGCUGGGCCUGAGCCGGCCGGCCUGGCUACGGGGCCGCUACAUGCUGGUGCGCUACGAGGACGUGGCCCGCCAGCCGCUGCAGUGGGUGCGGGAGAUGUACCGCUUUGCCGGGAUCGCCCUCACACCCCGGGUGGAGGAAUGGAUCGUGCAGAAUACACAGGCCGUCCGGGAUGGCAGCGGCAUCUACUCCACUCAGAAGAACUCCUCCGAGCAGUUCGAGAAAUGGCGCUUCGGCAUCCCCUUCAAGCUGGCCCAGGUGGUGCAGAGCGCCUGUGGGCCGGCCAUGCGCCUCUUCGGCUACAAGCUGGCUCUGGACCCGGCCACCCUCACCAACCGCUCUGUCAGCUUGCUGGAGGAGCGGGGCACCUUCUGGAUUGAAGUUCAUUCAUUUAAGGAUGUCCUGAAGCCCCAGAUAUGGGGGCAUGAAGAGUUGGGCCAAGUUUGCCUAAAAUAUGAAAACUUUUGGUCCAAGGAUGUAAGUCAUUGAGACGGGAAGCUUGCCUGUGUUUGCUCCCCGUGCCCAAGAUUCGGGGGUUGUCUCGGAGUCGUGUCUGGCAGGUCCAGGAAUGCUCGAACUCAAAAGGGAAAUGGUGCCUCUCGAGAAAUUCUUCCCCAGGAGAUGCCCGGGCUAUAGCAGCUCCAGCCAACACCAUUCUGACCAUGGCACGAAGGGGUGCCAGGCUGGCCCCUGGCCCCCUUUUCCCUCUUCUGCUGUUGCCUACUUUCUCCACGGACACAUUCUGUGUGUCACCUGCUUCUGUCCCAAGGGCUGCAGCCCCUUCCUUGGGCCUUUUGGAGAAGUAAUGUUACCUCUUAAAAAAAAUUGUAAACUGUAAGGGGAAUUAACUUAUUUAUUUUAUGAAGAGAAAAUUUUUUAUUUGCAGGGAUUCAAAGCUGUACCAAAAACAAAGAAGUGAAAAAAGAGGUAAAAAUAAAAGCAAAGGCAAGA